AUGAAGUCCAUCCUCGCCGUUUGUUCCCUUCUGGUCGCAUCCGUUGCUGCUGCGCCACUGGAGGCUCGGACGGCUCCUUCUGUCACAUUUUCACUCGCCAACGACCAGUCAGGUGCCAAUGCAGCUGCUUCCUUCCCUGCAGAUGGAACUAGCAGGACAAUUGCGUCCCUCUUCGGUACAUCGUCUGUGGCAUCGAAUGGUCACGUUUGGGCUACAUCUGCCCAGCUGACGGCGUUCCCCCAAACUAUUACCUGUGCUCUAACCAACAACGGAGUUACAAUUGCCGCCCUAUCAGCCGAGCGCACUUUCGCCGAUGUUGAUGGAAAUCCCAAUGCUGCCAUUCCGGUCGAUCUCACUGGAGCACUCAUCAACUGCCAGGCUUAG